GGGGUUGGAAAAGAGCGAACCAGGUGCUCCUCGUCUCCCAUCUUCUUCCUGACUCACCUCCUCCCUCCCACCCCCAGGUAGUUCCUGCUCCGGAAAAUGUGGAAUCCCAAUCCAGGCCAGCCAGGGGCCUAUCCCCAAGGAGGGGCAGCUUACCCCCCAAAUCCCGUGUAUCCCAAUCCCAUCCAGCCUCCGCCCACGAACCCCGCCGUCCCGCCAGGCGUCUACCCCCCGCCCCCGGCCCCCGGGAACCCCGUCUAUCCUCCGGGAGCGCCCCCGUAUCCGGGGCAGCAGCCGGGCCCUUUCCCGCCCCCGUAUCCCCUUCCCGUCCCGGGAAUGCCCGGCUAUAACCCCGCGAUGCCCGGGAUGACGGGGCCGGCCGUGGUGACGGACAAGAAGAUGCGGAAGAAGAUGAAGAAGGACCACAAGAAGGCCCGUAAGCAGCACAAACACCAGAAGCACGGGAAGCAUUCCUCCUCCUCCUCCUCCAGCAGCGACUCAGACUGAGGCGGGGCCCGCCGCCCUUCCCCCACCCGCGCGCCUCAGCCCUCAUCCUCGCUCCUGAUUGGCUGCCGGAGGCGCCCAGGCGCCCUCCCAUUGGACGGCUCCCCCCCCCCUCCCCGCGCGGCCGGACCGAACCAUCGACGACCAGGCCCGGGGGGGGGCGGGACAUCCAGACUGCCCCCGGAAAAGGUUUUGAAUCGGAGGGAAAAGGCGAUUUUUUUUUCAUUUUCUUCUUUUUAAAAGCCAUUAGGGGCGGGAUGGCGUCUCGAAAAGGGCGGGAGGCCCGGUGAGGCAGCUCUAGGGAGAAAGGGGCAGUUGGUGGCGCCCGCGAGCCGCAGGACUUCAUUUCCCAGCAGGCUGUGCGACCCGCCGCGGGGCCUGAUGGGAAAUGGAGUCUGGCUAAGUGAGGCAGGGGCCAUUUCAGGCCUGACUUUCUCCUCAGCCCUGAUUCCCGUUGUACCUCACAGCCCUAAAUGUGAUUAUAUACAUAUACAUUCCCCCCCCCCCCAAUAAAUUCGCUUUUGCUGUUC